AUGGGCUUAGCAGCACCCCGCAAGAGGACGAAAAUCUCUCAUGAUCCAAACAAUACAAAUUGGUCCCGAUCAACCAGUGGUUAUGGCCACAAAAUUAUGAGCUCUCAGGGGUGGACUCCGGGCAGCUUUUUAGGUGCACGCAAUGCCGCUCAUGCUGAUAUGUUCACUGCCGCGAGCGCAUCUCAUAUUAGGGUUGUUGUGAAGGAUGAUACACUUGGCCUUGGGGCACGCUCUAAGCGUGACCCCCUCGAUGAACCUACUGGACUUGAUGCCUUCAAAGGGUUGCUAGGUCGUCUGAAUGGAAAAUCCGAUGCAGAUUUGGAAGCCGAACAAAAAAAGCACGAAGAUGCGAAGAUAGCACGGUAUGCUGCAACAAAAUGGCAUACAGUUACAUUUAUCAGCGGCGGUUUGUUGGCGCAAGAAAAGCUUGUUUCCCUCUCCGCUCAGAAGGAAAGUCCGGGAGCUCAGCAUGGUUCACACCAAAACCGGGGUGGUCUAGAUAUGCAAAAGAGCGAGGAAGAUGCGAACACUUCCAUCAAAGAUAAUACGCUCAAGGCACUUAGAGAGGAACAAGUUUCAUCUGUCCCUAUUGCGGAGGACACCUCCAGGUCUAAAAGCAAGCGGCAUAGAAAAGACGAACAGGGAAAGAAGGAUAAGAAAGAGAGGAAGACUAAGAAAAGGAAGCACAUGGAUGAGCCUAGCCCUAUAGACUCUGACAUUCCGGAAAGGGCAAUCUUGGAAACUGAUCUGCAAGCUACUGUCACCGAUUCCCGAGAUACAACACCUCCAGUUGCCAAGGUUUUAUCAAAAGAACGCCGUCCAAUGGGGAGACACCUUCUCAGAGGUCGACACAUUGCGCAAAAGAAGAAAGCCCUCAUGGAUGAUAGGUCUCUCAACGAGAUAUUCAUGGUUAAAUCCUGA